CACAGCUUCUUCCAUCGUUCUUUUCGCACGGACUUCCCCGACAACCGAACCAGCACGAUCAUGAAGACCAUGUUCCUCGUCGCUCUUGUUCUUGCCGUCCUUGCCGCCGUUAGCGCCGGCUACCUCGGCCACUACGGUGGUGGAUACGGCGGAGGCUACGGAGGCUACGGCGGAGGCUACGGAGGCUACGGCGGAUACGGUGGAUACGGAGGCCAUGGCGGAUACGGAGGCUACGGCGGAUACGGUGGAUACGGAGGCCACGGCGGAUACGGAGGCUACGGAGGCUACGGCGGUGGCUACGGUGGUUACGGUGGUUAUGGUGGUUAUGGUGGUCACGGCCACGGAUGGUGAUAGACCACUGGGCAAAAGAGCGAGCGAAAGAGAGAGUGUUUUCGAGUGUAAAUAAAUGUUAAUGAAAAA